AUGUCGUCUACUACAUAUGGUGGAGAUGAAGUUUCGGCUAUAGUUUUAGACGUUGGUUCGUGUUGGACUCGAGCAGGCUAUGCCGGAGAAGAUACUCCAAAAGCUGUUUUUCCGACUUCAUAUGGAUACAUCGAAGAGGAAAUAAUCUCUCCUGAUCCCGAUACUCAAAUGGAGGACGCGGUUUCCGCGUCUGAAAGUACGCCCAAGAAAAAAAACGUCAAGAAAAAAUACAUAAUAGGGGAUGCGGAUGUUGCAGCUUGGAGACCGAAUAUGGAAAUCAAGAAUCCUCUUGUUGAUGGAUUGAAUUGGGACGCGUUAGAAAAGAUUUGGGAUUAUGCAAUGUAUAAUAGAUUAAAAAUUGAUCCAAAGGAACAUCCGAUAUUUGUAACUGAAUGUGCUUGGAAUACUAGAGAUAUUAGGGAAAAACUUACUGAGCUUGCAUUCGAGAAAUACAAUUCUUUAGCGUUUUAUGUCGCAAAGAACCCAGUACUUUCAGCAUUUGCAGCCGGUCGUCCAACUGCUGUUGUUAUGGAUUGUGGAGCAAGCAGUACAAGCUGUGUUCCAGUUGUUGAUGGUUAUGUUCUUAAAAAAGGCAUUUAUAAACAGCCAAUUGCUGGUGAUUUUUUAUCGGAACAACUUUUACAACAAUUACAACAGAGAUUUGAUAAUAUAGUACCGCAUUAUAUGAUUGCAAAGAAAACUAGUGUGGAUCCUGACCAACCCGCAAACUUCAUACCUAAAGAACGACCAAAUACAACAAAAAGCUAUCACAAGUACAUGCAAAUGAGGGUUAUGCAAGAAUUUAAAGAAUCUGUGUGUCAAGUAUCUGAGGUGACUUAUAACCAUCAGUCAAUCAGCACACGACCAAUGAAAUAUUUUGAAUUUCCUGACGGAUUUAAUACAUCAAUUGGUGCUCUACGAUUUAGCAUACCAGAGAUCUUGUUCGAUCCAAAAUUUAUACCACAGCCUCAGGAUGGAACUCAUUUUGAUACUACUGCGCUAAUGGGUAUACCCCAAAUGAUUUAUCUCAGUAUUAAUAACUGUGACAUUGAUGUUCGACCAAACUUGUGGAAUAACAUUAUCUUGACCGGGGCUACAACAUUAUUACCCGGUUUCGCGGAUCGUGUAAAUCAAGAAUUAUCCAGUAUGGCUCCAGCGCCGAAAAUCAAACUUCAUGCGGCGGGUAACACCAUUGAACGAAAAUGUAGUAGUUGGUUAGGUGGAUCUAUCCUUUCAUCGUUGGGAACGUUUCAUCAAUUGUGGAUUUCGCGAAAAGAAUAUGAAGAAAAUGGGAGAGGAAUCGUAGAAAAAAAGUGUGAAUGA